GAGUUCAUCAUAACUGCUACCGAAGACAGAUAAGAAUUGAAUUUUCAUAACAAAGGGAAGUUUCCAAGAACCUCAACUAUUCUACAUUACAAUUCAUAUUCUGGUACUACUUAAUUAGCUUAUUGUUCUCAAAUCCCCUCUGUCGUUACCUAAAAAAGGAAUAAAUAAUACCCUUAAAACCUUUUGAACUUUUCAAUACUAAGUCGCUUUCGCUUUAGCCAGUUUCAACGUUUGAGGUUUUUGGAAAUUCAUUCAUAGUUUCAUAAUCUGGGAAUUCAACGAGGGUUUGGUUCGUUGUGAACUUGGUGGGUUUUGUUAGAAGAUUAUUGCGAACCGACGUAUUGGGGGUUGUUGGAUGUUUGUAUACAAUUCUAGGUGUACCUUACUUCCAACCAAUUUGGGUUUGUGUCAAUUAAUUGGAUUGCGUUGUAUUUGUUGACUUUGGUUUCGAGACUGCGAAUAAUCUCGCAUCCAUUGCUUGUAGGUUGUUCUAAAGGACGUGAGAUUUUCAAUGUCAAGUUUAUGAGAUAGGAAAAUUGAGUCUCUAAGUUGGGGGGUUCUGGAUCAAGCUGUUCAGCACAUUUAAUUUUUUGUUCAUUUGUUGGGAGGGUAUUCAGGGUAGCUGCAGAAGGUUCAUGGAACUAGCUCAGCAUAGAGUUAACGAGAAUGGGUUGGGCGAGGACAGUGAAACUUCUGCACGGGUUCCUCUCAGGGAUCGCCGUGUCUACCCUGGCAAUCCUGCAGGCUUGGUGAGGAAGAGGGCUUAUAUAUUUGACGGCACCGGGAACUUUUAUAACAAGGAUUGGGAUCUGGCAGACCUUUUUCAGAAAAAAGAGAAGGAACUGGAGUUACGGGAAGGUAGAGGGAAGGAGUUUUCUUGGUACCAUGUGGAAUUACCGAAAGGAAAUCAGAAGUUGUCACAAUCUGCAGAAGACCUGAUUGGUGUUUUCUGCCCCCCAUUGAAACUCCAAGACAUUCUUUCACUUGUUAGCAACGGACCCUUUUGUGCACAUGUAGAUGGGGCGCUUGUCUUCCGUGUUAAUUCGCCUGGUCCUCCCUCCAGUGACUUCACAUUUAGGAUUGCUGCUAGAGUUAGUGAACAUUCAGUAAUUACCGUGUCAUUGGGACGUGUUCCCAGGUUAGGCUUCUCACGCGUGGGUGAAUCUCUUCUAUCAGAGAUUCCUAGUCUCGAAAGUUCCUCUUCUUUAAGAGGUCAGCAGGGGGAAAGAGGGGGUAUAGUUAUUAAGGAGCAUGUUCUUGAAUUCUUAUUGACUAUGAAUCACUCUGAGGAAGCUGACAACCCUGUGCCCAGAUCUGUCUCAAAUCUUGUAGUUCACAUAAUUGACACACAUGUAGAUCAGCUUCAAGAUCUUGUGACUAAGCUUGAGAUGGAGUUGGACUCUGUGGAGCUGGACUUGGAUAAAGGUGGUUAUGCUCUGAAGAAACAAAUGCUAGAUGACAGAAGAUUCCCCAAACUGCAUAUUAAUUUGCAGCGUCUCUUGCAGGUGAUUGCCCAUGGAGAGCAAGUAUAUCUCCGAGUCAAAGAAAAAUGUUCUUCAAAAAAAUGGUUUGCCAGUGAUGAUCUUAACUCCCUCGAAGAACUAAUUGGAAGGUUAAGGAGGAUGAAGGAGAAUGUAGGGUUUAUAGUAAAUCGUGUCACAGCAAUUCAGGCCGGUUUAGACAGCUGGCAAUCGGAGCAAAUAAACAGGAAGCUGUAUUAUCUCUCUUUCCUUUCAAUAAUAUUCCUCCCUUUGUCGAUAGUAACAGGAGUCUUUGGCAUGAAUGUUGGAGGAGUUCCAUGGACAGGUCAAAAUGCCCCAGAACUAAAAGAUGGUUUUCGCAAUGUCAUCUUACUCUGCGUUGCAAUGUUAUUUCUUGUACUUCUCUGUUUCAUUUUCCCAGCCCUUUAUACUCGUAUAGCUGCUGCAUGGCGAAAUAAGAGGGCUCUGAGAAGAAACUGGUCACUGAACAGGAAGUCAUUGCUGAGGAGAUCAUUGAGAAUGGGAGAUCAAGACAGAGGAGGCUAUCUGCGGAUUUAAUGGUUCAUGUCAUUGCCUAUUUCAUCUACGAAUGAACAACAUUUAAGUCGAUCAGUACAUACAUCUGUUUUCCCAGAAUGCCUCGCUUGAAAGCCAUUUUAUCAGCUGCUUUUCAAAGACACAUGCAUAAGAAACUUAAUAAACUGACAAUUGUUGUCCGUAAAACAAUCAUCUGAAGUCUAAAUGAAAUUCUCACGAGCCACGACUUCUCAGGUUGAGUAAAAUGGAGAUUGUGAUUCUUUCAUUGUUCCCUUCCCCCACGUUUAGAAGAGGGUCCAUUCCUUUCUGUCAUGACUACAUUUCAAACUUGUACAGUGUAAUUUUCUUUUUUGGUUUAAUUUCUGAUAUUAUUAAUUGUCACUGAUA